AGAGCGCCCGGCUAGAUCGGCUGCGCUGGGGAGGCGGCGAAGAGGGGCGCGCGUCUAGCCCAGGGGCUCUCCGCCCUCCCUCCCUCUCUCUCUCCCUCCCUCCCUCUCGCCCGCCGGCCCGGCUCUGCAGAGGCGCCCUCCGACGAGGCGAGAGCGACGGGGAGAGCCGACCGGGCGGCGGAUCGUGCCGCGGCUGCUGCGCUGGCUGGCUGGCGGCUGCAUGCCCGCGCUUGGCCAUGUCGUAUCCUCAAGGCUACUUAUACCAGCCGUCGGCGUCUCUGGCUCUCUACUCCUGCCCGGCGUACAGCACCAGCGUGAUCUCGGGACCCCGGACGGAUGAGCUGGGCCGCUCGUCGUCUGGCUCGGCUUUCUCCCCUUACGCCGGCUCCACCGCCUUCAGCGCGCCUUCGCCCGGUUACAACUCCCACCUCCAGUACGGCACGGAUCCGGCCGCGGCGGCGGCGGCGGCUUUCUCCUCUUACGUGGGCUCCCCCUACGACCACACGCCCGGGAUGGCGGGCUCCUUGGGCUACCACCCUUACGCGGCUCCCCUGGGCUCCUACCCCUACGGAGACCCGGCCUACCGGAAGAACGCCACCCGGGACGCCACCGCCACCCUCAAGGCCUGGCUGAACGAGCACCGGAAGAACCCCUACCCGACCAAGGGCGAGAAGAUCAUGCUGGCCAUCAUCACCAAGAUGACCCUCACGCAGGUCUCCACCUGGUUCGCCAACGCCCGGCGGCGCCUCAAGAAGGAGAACAAGAUGACCUGGACGCCGCGCAACCGGAGCGAGGACGAGGAAGAGGAGGAGAACAUCGACCUGGAGAAGAACGACGAGGAGGACCCGCAGAAGCUGGAGGAGAAGGCCGACCUCCAGGAGGCCCCGGAGACAGGUGGAGGAGGCCUGGAGCAGAAGGGCCCGGCGGCCGGCAAAGACCCCGACGGCCCCCUGAGCGACUCGGAUUGCAAAGAAGCGUCGGAGGAAGCGCCGUCGAAAGGCGCCCCGGGCUCCUCGGUCAUCCACUCGCCCCAGCAGCCGCCUCCCCCCCAGGCGGCGGCGGCGCUCUCCAAGCCUAAACUCUGGUCCCUGGCGGAGAUCGCCACCUCAGCGGACAAAGCCAAGGAGGGCGGCGGCGGCGGCGGCCAUGGGAGCGGCGAGGCGCCCCUGCAGGCUCCGCAGGGUUUAGGCGCGGCCCAGUCCCCGCCGUCGAGGUCGCCCUCGGCCGCCCAGUGCCCCUUCCCCAACAGCGCCGCCGUCCUCUCCCGCCCGCUCUACUACACCAGCCCCUUUUACCCGGGUUAUACGAACUACGGCUCUUUCGGACACCUCCACAACGCCGGCGCGGCGGGCAGCGGGAGCCCGCACUUUAACGGAUUAAACCAGACGCUUUUGAACCGGGCGGAGGCCCUGGCCAAGGAGACGAAGCUCCUCCGAAGCCAAUCGCAGCUCGAGCUGUGCAAAGACUCGCCUUACGAGCUGAAGAAAGGUGGACUGCCAGCUUCCUGAGGCACCGAAGGAUAUUCUGAACGUUAUCUCUGACCAGCUUCAGGAGGACUCACCUCUCCCUCAUACUGAAAGACUGCCCACCCCCCAAUCUUCAGUCUGAGAAGGAAGAGCCGACACUUGCCACAGUGGUGAGUAUUUUACGCCUGGUCUUCAAAACAUGGCUCAGCAUGAAGAUGAUGCAUUUGCUUUCGUGGACUCCUUCUGAAAGAGCUUCUGACACGAGGGGGAAAGAAACGCUCACAGUCCUCCAUGAGGCGGUAUUGGCCCAAAGGGGCCCCCCCAAAAAAAUGAUUCCUACUUUCUAAUAAGAAUAUACUCUGUUGACUUGAGCACCCGCUUGGUUUCAAAAAGGGGAAGGAAACGGAUACUUAACCUCUUGAACACCAAUGAUCAUCUUUUUUCGCAGGGGAAAAAAAUCAGCGAUGAAUGCGGGGAACUGAAGUAUGUUUACUGAUGGUAGAGGAG